AUGUUGUUCUCCAUGUCUCCCGAAAAGAAGAUGGCCGGCGCUGGCUACAUCACCCUCAACAUCAUUCGAGUUUUCAACAUCAUUUCCCUUCUCCUCGUCGCCAUAGCAAGCUGGGUCAUGCUAGUCAUGACUGUCAAAACUUCCAAGUUCUUCCUCUUUGACGGGGCUUCUCACUUCGUCACAAGUGCCGUUGCAUGCUUCCUCGUCGUCUCCGAAUGCAAUCUCUUUCAACGGUACUUCAGAAAGAACUGGCCAAACUUGAGUCCCGAAGCCGGCUUCGUCCCUCUAGGAUUGGCCAUGGUUGUUCUCGGCUUCAACACCUUGGGCAACCUCAAUAAGCCAGCCACCAGCGUAGAGAACUUGGGACUUGCUCUUUGGCGUAUAGUUAUUGCAGCAGGUAUUCUCACAACGACGUUCGGUGUCGCCAAUAUCAUUGCCACAUUCAUCUUCUCAAGUAUCAGAGAGGGAAUUACCGGCAGACAAGUCCGUGAUCACGGUGCCACAACAUAUCCCAAAUCAUCAUCUUCUGGAUCAACAUAUACCCGCUCGAGUGGCAGUGUUCGAAAGCCAGAGAAUACCGUUCUUCCAACCUAUAGCCGUCCAACUUCCCCCGAGGAGCGUCGCAGAUCGAAAUUCGGCUUCAACCUUCCCUUCCGCAAUUCCACAAUUGGGAAGCCCAUGCAGACCACAAAUGAGCGAGUCUCAAACUGGGAUGACCGAAGCUCACCAGUUGCUCCCGAAGUACAGCGGCCUCCUACCUCUCUACACCCAGCUUUGAGUGUCCCAGAGCCAUCGUACGGCAGCCGUCCGCCACCACCAAAAUCUUCGAGAUACAGCGUGGUCAGUGACAUGACACAAUUUACAAGAUUCUGA